AUGACACAUGCCAUCAGCACCGCGCUCUCGUCGAGCGGCGUCCGCAUGGAGCUCUCGCACUCAUGGAGCGCAGAACUCAGCACCUUGCUCCCGCUCAUCCUGUCGUACGCCGGGUCGGCCUCCGACAUCUACCGCAGCUCAGUCUAUGCGUGCAAGGAGUGGCUCGCAGCAGCUGACUCGAGCGAGUACUGGCUGGGCGUCGCCGCGUCGCUUCCCAACGGCAACGACACGUCACGUCUGGUCGCAACAGCCGCGUCGCCCAAGCGUUUCGUAAUUGACUAUCUUUUGGAGCAACUCAAGCUGGCGCAAUGGGAGGUCAACCCGAAUUUGGUGGUCGAGUACCGCGAUAACGCCAGCAACGACGUGACAAACCCCGAGGACCCACGCUACCGCAACCUCGUCGGCUCGCGUGCGCCACCUUGCAUCCAAAGCUGCUACGCAUCGACAUACUUUUAUUGCCGCCUUGGACAGACUAUUGCUCGACCGCCGCCGUCGCUGCCAUUUCUGCAGAUCCGGCUCUGCACAGCUCCGCGCUUUGAUCAAAACGUCGCCAAUGUCUCGGCCACAUACCUCGUGCAUCCCGUGCCCGACGCCACCGUCGUUCUCAACUACUAA